AUGCCCACGCGAAGGGCUUUUGCCUUCGCUCCACCCUCUUCGGCGGGACCGCGACGUCGAGAACCGCCGACAGGAUCCGCCCGCGGCACCGGAACAGGUUGCACUUGUCGACCAGCGCCGAUCCGUCUAGCAGGUCCUCCGCGCGAACGCAGAACUGCACCGGAUAACCCGCUGCAACAUAAUACGCGGACGCGCGAACCCGACGACGAAGUUGCGGCACGCUUGAUGGAACCGACCGGCGGCACCAGGAGGAAGUGCGUGGCCGCGGCGUACCUGCCGGCCAACUGCGGUACCGCCGCCGUCGAUGUGCCGGAAAUCUUGAGAAGUCACGCGGAACCAGCGGCCGUCGAUCCGUCCCGGACCGCCUCGUCUUCCGGCAAAAGGGUAAGCGCUUUUCGCCGUACGGACGGUGUAUAGGAGGUGAAUGUAAAUUGCGACAAAAUUGACUAUUAAUAAAUUGAAUUCUAAAAGUCGAUUUGUCACAGUUUAGCGACCGAAAAAAAAUAUAUUUAACAGACUAUACGAUAAAACAAAAAAGGUACAUUACAACCGAAUUUGGUAAAUUGAGUCUUAUUUUAUUAUUUUUAGCUAAAUUGAGUACCUUGUAAAAAAAAUUAAAGCGGUAAAUCGAGUCCCUCGGAACAGUUUGUUUUUAUAUAACACUAACAUGAAUAUAAGGAGCAAGUCCAAUGCUGGAUUUCAUUUUUUGAAGUUUUAUGAAACCGAAAUUUAUAACCAUUAAAAAUGAAAAUUGUUUUAUUUUUUUCACUUUUCAUUACUUCUAUUAUAAAGUUGAUAUAGGUACGUAACCAGUGUUGAAUCCAGACAAUUUUUCUGGGGGAGGGGGGCAUUACUAAAAUAUUAUAUUAAUGGUCUUUUUUUUUUCUUGCUUAUCUACUCUCUUACUAAAACCAGUCAAAUUCGUUUAAUUAUUAAUUUACCCACAUUUAACAGGGGAGACAAGCAAAAUUCCAAAGGGCGAGCAAUCGCCCCCCCCCCCCGGGUCAUAUACCUGGCGCUUCAACACUUUAUGCAACUAUAUUUUACUUGCAAUUAAUGAUAGUGCACGACUGCACGUAUUGAAAAUUAGUCUACAGUUGUAGGUGAUAAUAUUGCGUCCCACGUAUAAUAUAGUCUUCGGUAUUUCUCAAACACGCGAUAUUUAAGUAAAAAUCUACAAAAAUCCGUUCCGUCUGAAAUGGCUUAGGUACUCUGUAUGUAAUUUACUAAUAAUUGUGUAUGAUGUACGUAAAAAUGUAUUUAUUUAAAAAUAACAGUAUUUGAUCAUAAUUCGAAUAGAACUCAAUUUACCGAUUUUGGAAAACGAUAAAUCCGUUUGAAACUCAAUAUUUACCAACGCCCCCUGCAUGUGCUAUCUACAUGUCCGUCUUUUUUUUUUUUUUUAGUUUUUCUUUUAUAGGUACAUCAUUUAUGGAUAAAAUAUCCUAUCUUUCCUAACUUCUCACCUACAACAGUGCCGAACCCAUCAGCAGUAUCGGUUAUUUUUUUAUAAUAAAUUAGUAAUACAUUCAUGUUUUAUAAUAAACUGUCGCUAUUAGUUAUAAUGGGCGUUGGUAAAUUGAGACUGUCAUACGGAGAUACCGCAUGCAUGUAUGACGUGCUCUCAAGACGAAAUGGCAUAGUGCACAAUUGUGGUAGGUGACACAUUUCACUUGACAAAUUGUUCAGUAGAGACAUUUGAAAGUUUAAACUUCUUUAUAAAUCAGUACAUAUUUUUAAAAAAUAAUUCCAUCUAGUGGAUAGAUCAUUAAACGUACACAAGCAACAUUUUGUGCGUUAUAUGAAAGAUAAAAUAGUCCAUUUUAUAGAGUACUUAACUCAUUUUCGCCAAAAACGUGACUUACCGCAUAUUUUGUGCACUAAGCCACAAUUUGUGAUAAGGUGUGAUUGAAUUCAUCUUUUUCAAAAAAAAAAAACCAAAAUACAUAAUCACUAGGUCAAAAAUACAGUAAUAGCACUGCUCAGUAGCAAAUAUAUUAUAAUUUCUAUUAUUGUGACGAAUAAACUAUUUCGCCUCAGAGCGCUUUAAUAUGCUACUUAAUACGCAACUGAUCAUUAUGUAUUAAUUUAAACCGUCAACUCUUUUAGAUGAUAUUGAAUGACCGGUGUUAAACAAUAUUAAAACAUUGUUUACGUAUUGUUUAAACAAUUAUAAAUGCAUAUUUAGAAACUAAUGCACAUUAUUUAUUAUGCCGCGGUCUUAAAUUUAGUGGUAUUAAAUAAAUAAAUAAAUAUGGUGGUGACUAGUGAGUGGUGAUUUUAGUAAAAUGUUUGCGUAAUGUAAUGUUAAUGUCGUACUCUUAAUUUUUUAAUAAACGAAAAGUAAAUAAAUUAUGGUAACUUUAUCGAAUCUAAAUCAUAAUUAGCGAUGAUACACACAAGAAAAAAUUGUAUUUUACUACUUUGUAGGUUUUAUUUUUCGUAAGUCUUUAAAAUAAAACCGAAAAACUAAAAAAUCUGUUUUUUAUCUGGAUACAAAUUAGAUAGUCUUAUAUUUUUUAUGUACAGAUACCAUUAGUCAAGUUUCAUCUUUAAUCUUAUCUAGAUAGUUUUUACAUUAUUUUUGUACAACACUGACGACAGUUAAUAAUUAUUAUAUGUACUCACCAGAAAUAUGUAAACAAAAUUAUUAACGCCGCGAUAAUUGUCAAUCAAAUGAAUUGAUUAUAAUUUACAAUUGAGUAAUUUUGUAGCAUCGGCAGCUAUUAUACUAUUAAAAAUAAUUUUUGAAAUGUCAAAAUUAUAAUGUUGAGUAUGGUGUUUUUAACAUUUUUGCAUUCGCAAUUCGUAAUAAAUGCGUGUAAUAAAUUACACAACGACCUUGUACCGCGAGAUCAACUAGUUUAAAAAAAGUUUGAACACAAUAAUUAAUGUAAAAAAUUUUGAACAGUCAUAGGCCUAUCGAAUUUAAAUAAUGAUAAUGAAUUUAAAUAAAGACUCAUUGUAUUUUUUCUAAUCAAUAUUUAUACCUAAUAUCACUUUAUCCUAAUAUUACUUUUUUGACAUUAAUAAACGUUAUUUUAAAAACGGCUAAACGAACAGGUACUUUUUCUGUAAAAUCAAAAAAUAUUCGAAAUUAGUCUCACCGUUAAAACAAAACAAAUACGAUCAUAAUAUUGUACGUAUUGAGUAAGUAUGAUAAAAAAAAAAAAUUGCAUUCGUGACACUCCUAUAUAAACUUCCGAGCCCCAAUUAAAUAUAAAUAUACUGUUCUCAUACAGCACUUAAUUCGGCAAAUUAUAACGUAAUAACAGUGUUAAUUAUUUUUGUUAUUGUGAUAAAAUAAAACCGUAUAAUUUAUACAAUUACCACGAGACCUUAUGCGAUUGUAAUAAUGUAAUAUUACGGGUUUUUUUUUUUUCCCAAGGAAGAUUAAAACCACUUUACUGUGCGUAGAAAAAAUACAAAGAUUCAUCUGACGCUGUAUUAUUCUGCGUUUACGCAGCGACUAAAACAAUUUUUUGUUGUUGUUUUACAGAUCCUACUGUCCGUGAACGAAGCGGGACUGUUGGUGUGCGUGGAAGGGACACACUGUCCCGUGGCCGGUUGCAACUGUUGGAUACUGUCCGUGCCGCUGGCCGACGACUGUCACGCGUACAACUGUCGGCUGUCACUCAUGGCCGCCGGCACCGUCGGGCUACACACUACCGCCGCCGUGUUGCCAGGGCAGCAGCUCAAAAUGUGGUUCCCGCCCGACCUGCAACUAAUGCUGCACGUGCCUUUUCUCACGCCCGUCAACAUAAGAGGUGAGAGAUACAGAAACGCGUGUCCCCGCGGGCGGCGCUACCGCCGUUCUAUACCCGCCCGGUCAAUUACGGUUUACACUGCAUAUUGUAUUCUCCUCGUGUGAACGCGAUAGUGGUUUUAUUUUUUAUUUUUUAAUGUUAAGGGCGCGGGUAAAACGCAAACCAAACUUAAAAAAAAGUUCUAACGCCGAUUCGAUUUGAUUUCGAGGGGAGCGGGAGGGGCGGACGCGAGAGAUUAUUCGAACUCCAUUUCGGCACAGACUGAACACAGUUCUCACACGAGCCACCUCUUUAACCGGGAAUUUUCGGAAAAUUAGAAACCCGGACCAAUACGAAUCGGUUUUCUAGGAAAUGUCGCGUGUAGCCGUGGAGCUAAAACGAACGACAAUGUACAAACGAACAAUAUUAUUAAUAAUACACUGUAGAGUAAUGACGGCGACCGUGUGUAUUCACAGACGAAAGAAAGUACGUGUGCCACGAGUGCGGUUACACGUGCGAGAAGCCGAACCCGCUGAAGAUCCACUUGGCGUUGGACUGCGGCAAGCUGCCGCGGACCGAGCUCUGGUCCAGGCUGCGGGCGGACGGCAAAACCGAUCGGACGAUCGAAGCGUCGUUCCGGUUCAGCCUCACGCCGGCAGAGUCGAGGACGCCGCUUCGGUCGUCCGCCACCGAGUCGGCUUUCCGGCCGUACUCGCCCGCCGAAUCCACGUCGGCCAGUAGCGGCGGCCGGCCGUCCCCGGCGCGGCAACCUCCGCCGCAGCCCCCGCAGCCGCCGCCUCCGUCGACGUCGGCCGCGGACGCGUCGCUCCGGCUCGGCGGCGAUUCCACGAUAUUCGACCGGCGUUGCGCUGAAAUGGAAACGAUCGUCAGCAACCUCGGCCACUCGGAACAAGGACACCUGUGCAUAUACUGCGGCAAAGUGUACUCCAGAAAGUACGGGCUCAAGAUCCACAUCAGGUACGGUAACCGCUUGUAUUCGAAUCGGUUGUAGGACAUUUUGUACGGUCACCUGGAAAAAAAUGAACACCGCGGACAGUUUGUACUAUUUUAGGUGGUAACAACAGUCAAUAUAGCAUAGAGUUAUUACCAUAUAAAAAAAUGUAUGUAUUUUACAUGAUUUUACGUUAACGUCUGUUAAAUAAUAAUAAUAAUACAUCCGUGCUAUAUACAGACUUCGAGAAUUUUUAAAACAUUCACUGGCAAUUAUUGUAUACAACGGUAAAUUAUUUCAAGUAAUCGUAUAUUUGUUACUAUUUUAUUUUCGUGCUGUCUACGGGCUUCGUGAUUUUUUUUUCGUGUGUUUCAAUUUGUUUGUCUUAUAUAAUUUUUUAAAUGACUGGCACAUUCGUCCAAUUGCAAUGAUCUCAAAAUACUCCAGAAACUUGGAUUAAUCGAUCCAAUCAAUUUAUUGAAUGAACUGGUCCAUCUUUCGCUAAAAAUGUUCGUCCAAUGUGAAUUAUUAAUCGUUUGGUGUCUGACAUUCCAAAUUUGUUGAGGGAAUCUAGGUGUAAAAUAUAUUCACGUCUUUCCCGUUGUUACCCAGAUUAUUUCUGCCGUACAUGGUGUCCACGAUCGAUUUUCACCAGUUUAUUUCUAUCGUACAACAAAAUGUCUGCGAUGUGAAACUCAAACAACAGAUGGUACAAAUUGUCCGUUUAACCUUUGAAUCGUUCAGAUUAUCGUUAUGUACCUACCUACGACGCGCAAUACCGUUUCGCAAUUAUACCACUUCGUACCCUAUACCCGUCCUGUUUCCUCCUGUGGUACAGCAGGGUAAUAAUUAGCAUUAGGCGUGUUUUGGCGCGGUGAAAAACCAAAUGUAACCCGGUCACUGCAGGGUUCUAUAAACACGUCGUUACUGAGAUUUUGGUUAUGACUUUUGGUGAGGAGUCACUAAAAUGCAAUAACCGAGCAAAAUGAAUGAUUUUUGACGUUUGGUUAUCGAUAAAAUAAUGUUUAUUAUACCUAAAUACUAUUUUUUUUUUCCUUGUUAUAAUUGAAAUUCAAGUUUUAUGCGUAAAUUCUAUAGAUAGUCUAGUUGACCAGCAGCUGUCAUCAGUCAUUAUUCUGUUACUCGUACAUCAUAAGCUCUAUAUCCACCCAUUUUUAUCCAUAGAUAAUAAAUUAUUCUUUAUUAUAAUAUCUAUGUGCGUAACCGGCUCUCGUUUUUUAUGUAAAUAUUCAAAAAAUAUAAGGAUCUGGGAACUCAGUAUAGAUACACCGUAAUUCAGCUACCCACGGCAUAGGCAGGUGCCUAUAUUUAGUUUAAUUAUCCGCUAAAGCGUGUAAACAAUAAUAGUAAAGAUGGUCUCUUGCCGUAUUCUCUCUCCGCCUAGUGCGCCUAUAACGACGAAAUCCGUCCGUCACAUUAAACUUUAGUGAUUAAUUUUGUUAUUUUUUUUUUUUUUUCUAUGUUCGAAUAGAACUCAUACCGGUUUCAAGCCGCUGAAAUGUAAGUACUGUUACCGACCGUUCGGCGAUCCGAGUAAUUUGAACAAACACGUACGGUUACACGCCGAAGGAGAAACCCCGUACAAGUACGUAACUAUAUUCUACCGCGAUAAGCGUGCGCAAGUCCUCUUAGCGGGGCAGACGAUGAUCAUUGAAACCAAACCUCGCACGAAAAUCAUUCGCACAAAUAGUCCAAAUAUCUUUGGAAGGAAGCUUAAGCCUCCUUCAAUACAAUAUUGAUUUUGUAUACUUAGUAUUUUACUCGAUGAGCGCUAUAUUUUAAGACGCAUAGAUGAGUUUUCCAAGGGGGGGGUGGUGGUUGAAAUUCUCCAAAGUCACCUCCGCUGAUUGUGCCAAUGCACGAAGUUGAGGUUACUACGUUUAGGGUUUAGUAUUUUAGAAAAAAAAUAAAUGUAUAUCUAAUAUGUUUUUGAAUAUUUUGGCGUUUGGUUAGGUCUCCCCAGUGCGCACGCUUAUGACUACAACAGUACUAAACAAAUACGACUUAUGCCAACGGAAAAUCGCUGAAUAUUUUAACGAAACGUGUCUUUUGUGUUUUGCUUAGAUGUGAAUGUUGCGGUAAAAUUCUAGUGCGCAAGAGGGACCUCGACAGACACAUGAAGUCUAGACACGCGCAGGCAAUGACGAAAAGCGUAUUUAAACUGCACGUACCCGUAUGACAACACUGCUGAUCAUUUUCGUAUUUGUCUACCCGUAAUUUCUCUAAUAUUAAGUAUUUUAACGUUGUUAUAAUAUUAUAAUGUUUUUUUUUUUUUUUUUUUUUUGUGAUACUUGAACUAGUCUUAUACAAAUGCCUAUGUAAUAUGAAUGCAUCUCUACUUAAAAAGUAAAUAUAUACCCAUUAUUAUAAUAGGAUGAAAAUACGAUUUUAGAACAAGAAAUUGUAAUUAAGUGCCACAACAAUAGAUUUGCUCGAUCCACACAAGUUUGCGCCAAAUUCAAUUAUUGGGAUUAAUAUAAAUUAAAAAUAUUUCGUGG